UUUAGUUAUCUUUUUUUUUAUAAAUUCAAAUUAAUUACCAAAUAUUUAUGUAACCACCCAUUAUCUCCAUUUCUCAUCCAACUAUUGCAAAACCAACUUCUCCACUUUCUCGAUCAACAUUUCUAUAAAUUAAACCAACCAAUUAAUUUCUCUAAAAUUUCACCAUAAAUCAUCAAAGCUCUUGCACACUCACAUUGCUAUUCGCACCUCCAAUGGCUUCUUUUAAUUUCUCUUUGAAUUCCACAACCCUACUUGUGCUUCUCUUGGCUUUUUUCUCUUGUCUACAAAUUUCAAUUGUAGCUUCUCAUGAAUUUCAAGUUGGUGACCUAAAAGGUUGGGUUGUUCCACCUUCCAAUGACACUGAUAUCUACAAUAUUUGGGCUUCUAACUUUAGGUUCCAAAUUGGCGACUCCAUAAUUUUCAAAUACAAGAAGGAUUCAGUGAUGGAAGUUGGAAAAGAAAACUACAAUGAUUGCAAUGCAACACAACCAACAUUUUUCUCAAACAAUGGUGACACAGAGUUCAAGUUUGGUCAUUCAGGAACAUUCUACUUCAUAAGUGGUGCAUCAGGACAUUGUGAGAAAGGACAAAAAAUGAUUGUGAGAGUCAUGAUUCAGGAUCUUCAUUCCAAAUCUUCUGCAUACCAUGUUCCUGUUUUUCCAAUUGGUGUCUUUGUUUUUGCAUUUGUUGUUUCCUAUGUAAUUUGAGUAUUUUAAGGAUUAGUGCAAUUUUUUUCUUCA